AACAGAAACUGACAGAACAGGAAGUCUGCGCUGUUCGAACUUGGUAGUUGCAGUCUUUUUUUUCCUUUAUUACAUUUGACAGUUAAAGGAGCUGCAUCUUUUGGCACCAUGUCUAAAAAGGUAGCAGUUGUUACUGGUGCAAACAAGGGAAUAGGAUUUGCGAUUGUAAAAGGUCUGUGCGAGGCUGGAUUUGCUGGAGAUGUAAUCCUCACUGCACGGAAUGAGCAGCUUGGAAGAGAGGCAGCGGAGAAAGUCAGAUCUGCAGGACAUCAUGCUGUUUUCCACAAACUUGAUAUAACCAAUCAAAGUAGUGCUCUGGAGCUGCAGAAGUUUUUGAAGGAGAACUACGGAGGACUUGAUGUUUUGAUAAACAAUGCUGGGAUUGCCUAUAAAAGUAAUGCCACAGAGCCUUUUGGGGAGCAGGCUGAAGUCACUAUACACACCAACUUUUGGGGAACACUGUGGGUGUGCCAUGCUCUCUUCCCCCUGCUGAAGCCCAAUGCUCGGGUGGUCAAUAUGUCCAGCUUCGUCAGCAAGUGGUCCCUUGCUAAAUGCAGCCCUGAACUGCAGGCGAAGUUCCGUGACCCUGCAUUGUCAGAGGAAGGGUUGUGUUCGUUAAUGGAUGAGUUUGUUGCUGCUGCACAGCGUGGAGACCACGAGUCAAAGGGUUGGCCAAACACUGCUUAUGGCACCUCAAAGAUUGGGGUGACUGUGUUGUCGAUGAUACAAGCACGUGCACUUACAAAGGCAAGAGCAGGUGAUGGCAUUCUUGUAAAUGCAUGCUGUCCGGGCUGGGUGAGAACAGAUAUGGCUGGCCCAAAUGCUACGAAGAGCCCAGAGGAAGGAGCUGAAACUCCUAUGUAUCUGGCUCUGCUGCCAGAGGGAGCAAAAGAGCCACAUGGAUGUUUUGUGUCAGAAAAGACUGUAGAAGAAUGGUAGCUCUAUUGUUUACACCGUGGGUAGAAACUCACUGUGACUUUGCAGUUCUCAGUAAACUCCCUAUGACUGGCAGGUACCUUUUAUAGUUCAGUCACUGCUGCUGCUGUCUCCUGGAUAGCAAUGGAUGCCUUUGAUUUUUACAUGAUCACCUCAUUAAUUUCAGCUAAAUGUUUUUUUUAUUUCAGAAAUAGGGGUAUAAUUGUUUGAGUAUUGAUUGGGGUAUGAAUAAUAGGUGUAUUAGUUGUACUUUUUUUUGAUUUGUUACACUACAUUUGAAUGGACAUCUGCCUUAGAAGUAGAAAUAAAAGUCUGGUUUUUAGCCAUA